AGGAGGAAGUUGAGGAGAGCGAGGAGGACGAGGAAGAUGAUGAGGAGUAUGGCGAACGCAAACUGUGGAGGCCCCACUAUUCCAAGUUGGAGCAGCAGUACAUGGCUGCCGCAAGGCAGCGUCAGCGGGAGAACAUCUGCAGUGUUCAGACUUGGCAGGGCAAAGAGUUCAAAGGUGAUGCUUUCCUGGCCAAACCUGCGGUGAUCGCCUUCAACGACUUCGAGGUUGGCCAAAGGUACCGGCAGGUGAUAGAGGUCACGAACGUGUCUUUGACUUUCAACCAGUUCAAACUACUGCCAUUGGAGGACUCAGUGAAAGAUGUCUUCGAGAUCAACUUUGUACCUCCUGGGCGUAUGUCUGCUGGUGUCACGAGGUAUAUCACCCUGUGGUUCAUCCCGGAGGUCAGCAAAGACAUCGUCACCAGCUUCCCAAUCCUUGCAAAAACAGGUCGAAUCGACUUCCCCUUGCGCUGUACCACCAAGAAGACGAUCUUGACAAUCACGCCCCAGGAUGCCGAAGCUCAUCCCAUCAUCGACUUUGGUGCAGUGCUCUUUGGUGAAUCCGCCGAUCGGGAGCUGCUGGUGAAGAACACUGGCGUGCUGCCGGCGAACUUUCUCCUGCGGCAAGCGCCGCCUCCGGAGGCGGCAGAGGCAAGCACAAGCGGUCGUGGCAAUGAUGCCACCAUGCUGCCAGAGGAUCCGGCGGAUGAGACUGUUGCAGAUGCCAUGGACGAAGCCGGAGAUCAGGCAGCGGACACGGCGGCUGAUGCGGAUGCUGCGGCUGAUGCGGAUGCUGCGGCUGAUGCGGACGCGGCUGAUGCUUCAGGUGCCGAUGAUGCCGAUGGCGCUGAUGCCGAUGCAGCACCUGAGGAAGCGGAGGAGGCUCCUGUUGAAGCGGAUGCCACGGCGCCGGGAGCUGAAGUGGUGGGUGAUAUUGGGGAAAUGAUGACCUACAGCGAGCGCGGCAGUUGUAAAGGCUUUGGAAGUCAUCGGAUUUCUUUCUCUUUUCAGCCAACCAGGCUGGGGAGCUUCAAAGCGGAACUGCUGUUGCGUUUUUCCAACGGAGCUCCAGGUGACGCCAACUACGAGAGGGAGUAUCGAGUGCUGGCACGUGGUUCCUGUCUGGAUGUGCCCAUUUUCGUGGAUAGUGAGGAGUAUUACAUGGAGACCUGUGUCUAUGGCCACAUCUUCCGUGAAAGCGUCAUGGUACGGAAUCGGGCCUCCGUCGCAAUGAAGAUUCAGGUGCAAAAACCUAAGCAGAUCCCGGGUGAGCUUCAGCUGAACACAGCGUUGGCCUACAUCCAGGGACACGGUUCCCAGUCGAUCCAGGUGAAGUUUUCGCCCAAGGCGGACUUCCUGGAAAGGCAUCCAGAGUAUUGUGACUCGGAACGUGGAGUGGGUGCCUUCAAGAUCCCCAUGCGAAUAGUGGGUGCAGACCAGGUGCUGCCGGUGAACACCUGCCUCACCGGAGUGCUCACCACUGAUGCGGUGACCUUCAUCCCCCAGGUGUUGAAUUUUGGCAAUUGCUAUGUGGGCAGCUCCAUCGCGAUGCGCUUGGUGUUCACCAACGAGUCGUUGCUCAAAAGGAAGUUUGCAUUUCCGCGCUUGCCUUCUGGCAUCAGCAUCCACAAUGUUCCUCCAGAUGUCUUAGAGGAGGAACGAUGGGGAGGAGUGGAUUGCCCUCCUGGAAGUAUUGCAGUGUUGGAGGGAGGUGGCGAAGGCAUUUUCGGCUCCUUACUUCCAGGCGAGCGGCGGCAAGUCUCUGUGAUCUUCAGUCCAGAGUCUGCAACAGAGAUGAACCACAAGAUCGUUUUCAAGGUUCUCACUGGAGAUCUCUGCGCGCGUGAAUUCACAGUGCCAUGCACCGGCCAGGGCGUCUCCCAGGUCAUCGAAUUUUCGGAGACCCAGCUGAACCUGGCCUCGAUUCCGAAAGAUUCCAGCAGUCGCGAGUCGGUGAUCGUCACCAACGUCUCCAAGGUGCCACAGAUCAUCAACGUGCUGAUGCCGCAGUAUGAGCUGUGUGCCAUGAAGGCAACCCCCGUCUGCUGCACCUUAGCGCCAAAGGAGUCCCGCAGGCUGCAGCUGGAAUUCAAACCCACACAGGAGUACGUGGACCUGCUGAAGAGUCCAAAGGAAGAGAAAGCUGAAGCUGCGGAUGGAGCAGCCGAGGAAGCAGAUGAAGCGGAAGGUCAAAUGGAUGACGAGGAGUACAAGCAGCACCAGCUGACAGAUAUCCGGAUGCAUGGUGGGCGGAGAUGGGAAGCAGAGGCGGGCACGAUACAUAGCUCUUGGCGCUUGCCUGUCUAUUUCCGUCCACAGAAUGCGCGGGAGAGCCGGGAACAGAUGUGCUACCUCGGAGUGAGCACAUGUGUUCUUUCGAGCAUUCUGUCGCUGUCUCCACCGAAGCUGGACUUUGGCGACAUCACGGCGGGACAACGUCAUGUCUUGCCUUUGAUGAUCACCAAUCUCACCCCGGAUGAUCCUCAGGAGCUUCACAUGGAGGCUCUUCCUGAAAAUCAGUGCUUUGCCGUUCUGAAUGCCCCUCGCACCGUGGGAGAUCGAGCCUUCCAGUUCAUGAUUGAAUUCAAGCCUCAGCUGGUCCAGAUCUACCAGUGCAGCCUGAGUCUUCGGACGGACAAGACGCGGGUUCAGGUGCCUCUGAGAGGGAAAGGCGUUUGUCCGGUACUGAAGAUCGAACCGGAGGAUGGUGUCAUCCACAUGGGAUCUGUGGUGUACAACAAGGAAGCAAAGGACUACACCACAAAUCAGCUGGUCAUCAAAAAUGAGAGCCCCUUUGAGCUGGUUUACAAACUUGAGACGGUGAUCCGUGGUGAUCGUGGGCCACCACCCUUCACCCUGACGCCAAAUAGCGCCACCGUGGCGGCCAACAGCUCUCUCAAUGUCACUGUAACCUUCCAACCGCGCCGGCCAAAUGCAAUCUUUCGGGAGAAAGUGCUUGUCAAUGUGCCAAAUCAGCGAGAGCAGACCUAUGUCUACCUCUAUGGUCACUGCUUCAAGUACCAGGGAUACUGCUUGUACGGCAUGGACUUCAAAGCCUUCGGUCGCCAGGAAGCCCAGGCGAAGGCGGCCUUCCUGGACUCCUUGGCGGUAGGCACGGGCGCCACCGUGACUGCGGAGGGUGCUUUUGAGUAUCCAAACGCGCAGAGCAAGGAAUUUUCCUUGGUCUUCGAGCGUGGAGAGAAGUUGAAGCUCUUGAUGAUAGGCGCCUCAGUGGCUCCUGGUACUCCCAGCGCACCACAGGAGAAAGGAAUUCCUGCGGUGAGCUAUGACUUCCAGAUACUUCCAGGUGAGUUUUCCAACCUCUUCACCGUGGAGGUACCAGAAGGUGCCGGCAAGCCAGACAAGCAGGCCAAAGGUCAGCUACAAAACGGCAAGCCAGCCCUAAAAGUGGCCUUCCGUUACAAUCCACCGGCUGAGAACCUUCCGGUCUUUGGUGGUGUGAGUCUAGACCUGCUUGGUGGCAUCGGCCAGUGGAUCUCCGUGAAGGCCAAAGGUGUCUUGGCCGGAGGCUUUGUGCCGCCUGGGGAAACGCCCACCCAGGAGCUGAUGAUUGAGCUCAAAGCGUAUUUGCAGCAGAUCUAGAGCAGCUUCCAGCGACACAAAACACGAGCACCAGAUUUUCAGGUUGCUCCAAGCCAUGAAAUCGGGCGGAAAAUUCGAGAAC